AUUGACCUAAAGUGCGUCUUCUUGCCAUGUAUUCAAAACAUAUUUGGCGUCCUCCUCUUCGUACGUAUGCCCUGGAUUGCGGGAGUGGCGGGUGGUUUGCAGUUUUUCCUCAUGGUCGGAUUCUGCUGCCUCUGUGUGAGUUUUAGACCUACCUUAUACCUAUGUUUUACAAGUGAUAAACUCUAA